AAAUUUCCAUUGUUCGUUAAACAGCUGAGCUAACAAUAAUACAGAUCAGUGACCAUCCAUAACAAAUCGGACUGAUUAACAAUGCCAGAAACAUAAUAACAUAAUAAUCUGAGGCAGUUUAAUACUGAGGAUUAAACAGUUAGUACCUGUUGUAGAAGGUAAAAUAUGGGUUCCUUCUUUAGAAGUGAAGAAAUGACCCUUUGCCAAUUGUUUCUACAAAGCGAAGCAGCAUACUCCUGUGUAUCAGAGUUAGGAGAACUCGGACUGGUUCAGUUUCGGGACUUAAACGUAGAGACGAAUGCCUUUCAAAAGAAAUUUGUCAACGAAGUUCGACGCUGUGAAGAAAUGGAGAGAAAACUUCGAUAUCUGGAAAAGGAAAUUAGAAAACAUAAUGUUCAAAUUUUAGACACUGGUGACAACCCAGAGGCUCCACAACCUAGAGAAAUGGUGGAUCUUGAAGCAACUUUUGAGAAGCUAGAGAGUGAAUUAAAAGAAGUUAAUCAAAAUGCUGAUGUUCUAAAGACAAACUAUUUGGAACUUACUGAACUGAAGCAUAUUCUACGUAAAACCGAAGGAUUUUUUCAUGAAGAUGGUGAGCUUCACUCAAGUGAAUCGAUUACCAAACCCCUAGAAUUGAUUACUAAGCCUCUGAUAAAUGAAGACUCCGCAGCAAAUCAGAAUACUGCGGGAGCUGGUCAGCUCAGUUUCUUAGCUGGUGUAGUGUUGAGGGAACGCAUUGUAGCUUUUGAACGCAUGUUGUGGCGUGCUUGCCGAGGAAACGUUUACAUGCGCCAAGCCUCAAUCGACACCGCCCUCGAAGACCCUGUGACUGGAAACAAAGUGAUGAAGUCUGUCUUCAUUGUCUUUUUUCAAGGAGAACAGUUGAAAACUCGUGUAAAGAAGAUAUGCGAGGGGUUUCGAGCCACAUUGUAUCCAUGUCCAGAGACACCUGCAGAUCGUAGGGAAAUGGCUAUGGGUGUCAUGACAAGAAUUCAAGAUCUCAACACUGUUUUAGGUCAGACGCAAGAUCAUCGCCAUCGGGUGUUGGUAGCUGCUGCAAAACACAUCAACAUUUGGUUCAUCAAAGUACGAAAGAUCAAAGCAAUUUACCAUACACUAAACCUGUUUAAUUUGGAUGUCACCCAAAAAUGUCUUAUUGCAGAGUGUUGGGUACCGGUUCAUGAGGUUGAAAACAUCCAGAAGGCUUUGCGUCGUGGAACUGAAAGUAGUGGGGGUGCUGUUCCACCCAUCCUCAAUCAGGUAAAUACACUAGAAGAGCCUCCUACAUUCAACCGGACAAACAAAUUCACUAAAGCGUUCCAAGCAUUAAUCGAUGCUUAUGGUGUGGCUAGUUACCAAGAGGUAAAUCCAGCUCCUUAUACUUUAAUUACUUUUCCAUUUCUUUUUGCUGUAAUGUUUGGGGACAUGGGUCAUGGACUAAUCAUGACUUUAUUUGCUGCAUGGAUGGUGUGGAAGGAAAAAAGCAUAAUCGCCAAAAAGUCAAGCAACGAGAUAGGGAACAUUUUGUUCAACGGUCGCUACAUUAUUUUGCUUAUGGGUUUAUUUUCAGUGUACACAGGCUUCAUAUACAAUGAUAUUUUUGGAAAGGCCUUAAAUAUUUUUGGAUCCCGCUGGAGGGUUGUUUAUGACAAACAUUACAUAGAAACCUUGAAAAAUGCAGAUCUAGAUCCCAAAGAUUCUUACCUGCAGACACCUUACCCAAUUGGAAUGGAUCCUGUUUGGAUGAUGGCCGAAAACAAGAUUAGAUUUUUCAAUGCCUACAAAAUGAAAAUUUCCAUCAUCAUUGGUGUUAUUCAUAUGUGCUUUGGAGUAAGUCUGAGCGUUUGGAACUAUAAAUUCUUUAAAAAAUCUUCAGACAUUUUUACUAUGUUUCUUCCACAAAUCAUAUUUCUCGUUUGUCUGUUUUUGUAUCUAGUAUCACUCAUGUUUAUCAAGUGGAUACUUUAUGGUCCCACAAACCCUGUUGAAACUGGACCAGGGUGUGCUCCAUCCAUCCUUAUUACUUUCAUCAACAUGGUUUUGUUCAAAGAAAAUGAUACGUCAGAACCUUGUAGUCCUUGGAUGUAUCCGGGUCAAAAAUACUUCCAGUAUUUUUUGGUGCUCAUUAGUUUUUUGUGUAUACCUUGGAUGAUGCUCGCUAAACCAUUGCUUAUGAUGAAAACAAAGAAUCUUCACCCCCAAGAAAAUGAAGAUGACUUGGAGAAUGUGAUGAGAGAGGGAUUAUUGGCCAAAAAAGAAGUGCAUGAAGACAUGACAGAGGUCUGGAUCAUCCAAGGGAUUCACACUAUUGAGUAUGUUCUCGGCUCAAUUAGUCAUACUGCGUCUUAUCUCCGGCUAUGGGCAUUGUCAUUGGCCCACGGUCAGCUAUCGGAGGUUUUGUGGAACAUGGUUAUGAAUAUAGGGCUAAGCAGUAGUGAAUCGAUGGGUUUACUUGGUGGAGUUGUUUUGUGGGCAGUGUUUGCAUUCUGGGCAGUACUUACUUUAGGCAUUCUUGUCCUCAUGGAAGGAUUAUCUGCUUUUCUGCACACACUACGUUUACACUGGGUCGAGUUUCAAAGCAAGUUUUACAAAGGAAAUGGUUACCUCUUUACUCCAUUUUCUUUUGAGAGAAUCUUAGCCCAGUCUCCUAAAUCGAGUAUCGAUGAAUGAGAUAAGGCAGGAUUCCACAACCACCAUACUUAAUUUUCUGAUAACUAUUACUAUUACAGUAUUGUAUUUGUGAUUUAAAGUUUUGUUGCUGUUGUAACAUUCUUUAAGCUGUAUGUUUUUUAAUGUUUAUUUUAAGGUUGAAGCUGUGUUUAAUUGUGUUUGGAUUUAAUAUUUUGUACUAUAUGUGUUUGUAAACUUAAUCUCUUUAUAUCAGUUUAGUGAGCACAAUUAAAAAGUUACUUUUUAAAUCUAAAUAGUUAAAUCUAUUACCAAUGAAUGUUGUUUUAAAAACAAAAAUGUAUUUUUUAAUUUCUCACACUUUUGUGUUUUUCAAAAUGAUAUCUUUAACCUUAAAGUAGUAUUUUGCUUGUAGUAAAAAAAAAACGCAACAGCCUAUCCACUUUUACCAAAGACAA